GAGAGCGCGCAGAAGCGACGAAGAGGAGUUUGGAGUUUCGGCGGUACUGUUUAGGUUUGAAUCGACAUUAGUGUUCAGCUGAGCCUGAACUGCACUGACUCUUUCACUGGCAAUGGAGAAGAAACCAAACACACUAAAUCAGACUGCUGCCAAGAUAAAGACAAAAAUUCACAACACGUCAUCGUUCUUCAAGCUCUCUUUGAAAACCAACAACAAGGCCCUUGCUUUGGCUCUGGUCGCUCAGAAACAGAAAUCUAAGCAGCUUGAGAUGGAAACAGUGCGUUUACAGAAAGAAGUGCAGCGCCUGAGCUUUGACCUUGCCACCCAACGUCAUAAAAAUAAACAAAUGUUUAUGGUUCUGCGUGAGUUCUAUAAUAACGCCAUCAACUGCAUGGCUAAGGCAGUGGACCUUAUUUCCAAAGAAGAGGGUGCUGAGAGCUUGGACACAGAGAUAAUGGAAGAUUCUUAUCAGACUGAGAAAGAUUUAACUACAUUGUUACCUGGGCAGAAAAACAGAAUUGGUCUAUCCAACUGUGGGCAACAGAAGAAUGUCCAGGACCCUGGUGGAAAUGCGUUGAUGGUGAAAGAUCAUCAACCUUAUGGUUUUUCACUGAAAAGCAAGGAUAAGCCUCCCAGUCCAGAGGUUGACUGUACAGCACCUCCGAAUACACUGUACGACUCGGAGAUGGAGAUCACUGUAGUUGACAAUGUUUCUGAAAUUGUUACAGUUCAGACCAAUCCAAAGAAAAACUGUAAGGAUAAUCAGAGAAGAAUGGGAGAAAACAGUAACUCUUGUUCAGCAAGGGGUAGAGAGAGCAUUGUGCUUAAUUAUGAUGAAGCAGCAGUGGAGUCAGCUUGUCUACAGGAUACAACCGUGAAUAUGUCCUGCGAAACACCACUCCAAACAAGUACACACACUUUCACUAGCAGCAGUGAAGAGGAGAGUUUGUCUCAGCAGGUAGAGCCUCUGCAUGAGGAGCAAGAAGCAGUCACUGCACACAAAAGGACUCAUGUCACCUCUCGUUACACAAAGAGCAACAGGCGAUUGAAUUCUCAAAAACACAUUGCAGAAUAUACCAAUACAAGGCGAACUUAUGUAAUCUCUCCACAUGAGUCCAGCUUUAUUUCUGCCAGUGAUGAUUUGGAUGACUAUUUCAGUGACCAAGUAGUACAAAAUAAGAAGAGCAAGCCAAUUUUCUAUGAUUUUAAUGAACCUAAAGACAAAGGCACUGAAAAUGAAGCCGAAAUGCUGAAACCCCAGAACAACAGUGCAAGAAACAGGAAAACAUGCAUAAUCCCACACAAGUCAAAACCACAGAGCAGGAAGAUUAAAGAUUCAUAUUUUGGUGUGGAUCAAAGUGUAAAGGGGAGCACUGAAUUAAUCGAUGUUCACAGUGAUGUCACGGAAAUCUCGGUCGACAGAGAAAACCGUCAAAGCAAGCAAUCAACUCCGUCACACUCUCAGACAGAAGGAUGCAAUACUUUGAGAAACAGAGGAACAUAUGUGAUCCAGCCAGGUCAGGUAUCUGACUGCAGUGACGACCUUAAUGGUACAUUAGACAUUCACACGGAUGUCACAUCUCCGGAAACUGCAAAUGAAAUGAUUUUGGAAAGCACACAGCGUUCCUCAGGGAUGAAUGAGGGGCAGCAAUCGGAGCACAUACCUGAAAACGGAAGAUUUUUUAAACAUUCAAAGGCUGUCAAGGGCCGUGAUGAAAAGCUUUUAGAAAAUUCAUCUGAUCAUUCUCCAGUAACGCACACUAAAGCCAAGAAGCCCCAGACAGUGGUGAUGAAAGGAAGAAAGAAGAAUUUGGCAACAACAGAAAAUGCAUCAGGAAAGAGAAGAAGACACAAGCAUACCUCUACUCAAAUUGGUGACAUCUUGCCCAAAGAAAUUUCAGUACCUGGUGAUGAUGUAAAGCAAAACUGCACGUCCACUAAUGUAUUACAGGAGCUAACCAAAGGGUUAAAUUCUUCUGCUCUUGAGGAAGCCUUUAAGGGUGAGCCAGGAAUUGAGACUGGGGGCACGAACAGCACUCGUAUGAGACAUCUUGACUAUAAUGAUGACUUGGAUACCAUUAAUGACAUUGGCAUAAAUUUGAAAGAUGUCAGUCUGAAGCAUCACAAUGUCCAAAACCGCAAGCGCAGAGAAACUUGUGUUUUUUUGCCCAAUUGUGAUUUGCAGUUAAAGGGUAAGGAAAAUGUUCUGGUUAUCAGCAGCAAUGAAGAGGGUUUAAUUACAAAUGGGGAAAGUGAGAUUUCUUUUGUUACAGAUAGGACAGUUGUUCCUCAUCAUGAAAGUGACAGCCAGUCAACCACAAGAAAAGCAGAGCAGCUUGGGCAGAAACACAGUGAGCUAUUCUCUGAGGAAAGGCCUCCAUGGGAAUCCCUCGAUUUUGGCUCCACUGAGAGUUUUACUCAUGACAAUCCUAACAGUCCUGUCCCUAACCAGAAGGAAACACGAGAGAUUUCAUCACGAACUAUGGACAUUUACGAGGAACCUGGGUGGAAAGUGUCCCACCAAUCUCCAGAUGGGAGGGUAAUGAAGAGCUUAACAAACACAGACUUGGCAAUGAAUCCAUUAAGCCGAUCGCGCAGGAAGGCAGCUCCUGUGUCAUACAAGGAACCGCCUCUCAACUGCAAAAUGAGGCGUGGGGACAAGUUCUCAGAUACCAGAUUUUUAAGUUCUCCAGUGUUUAAAGAUAAAAAGAAGAAAAGAUUUCAGAAAAACACGGAAUAAUCCCGUUAUCCAUAUUUGUAAAUAGAAUUUGUACAGUUAACAUUAUACAGUUAACCUUUAUGAACCUUUGUGUUGAUUUGUAUUUCCUUUUUUGUUUUUUUAAUAUUUCCAUAUAUUUUUGCAUCAGCAUUUAUAUCAUUUAAAUGACUUCUCAUUACCGGGUAAUUCGGAGAACACUGGUUACAUGGCCUGUGAAAUCCCAUCUCUCUAUUGGUUGCCAUGUGAGUGAAGUAUUGACGUGACGGUCAGGUAGUGAAUGAAUAAUUCAGAUAGUGUUCACCUGAGACGUGUAUGGUCGCUGUAGAAUAGAGUUGUCUUUUACACGGUAACAAGUGGUUAAAUUCUGAGCCUUUUUGUUUUUUUUUCCUUUUUAAACUUGUGUUGAAUGUGUUCAGGAGCAUUUGGUAAGUUUGACUGUUUUAUUAUUUCAGUCAGAUUAACAGACUUAUUUCUUCACCUGUGGAGUUUCAUGUUCUUGCAAGUGGUAUUCAUUUUGUUUUCCAGACUAAUCAACUGUUUGUAUACUGAUCUGGAAGAAUGUAUGCUUUACACACAUUUCAACACACAAGUUGUAAAUUCUGUUUUGUGUUGGUCUUCACAGAUGUCCUUUAGAAUUCUAAGUCAUAUGCAUAGACCUGAACUUCAAAACAGAAUCAGAUUUCGCAUUUGCAUUGUCUGUUUAUAGCUCUUGGAUAUAGAAUAACCAAGAGAUGAUUGGAGAUUGAAAUAUGAAUGUAUAAAUGUUCUAUAAUUUU